AUGAAUUCAGUGCCUAGCCAGGCGGGCGGAGCAAACCUGCUUAAUGGGCUCACUGCACAGCAGCUAGCAGCAUUAUCCGGAGUUCUUGGAGGACAGAAUGUGUUUAAUCAAGCACAAAUUGCUGCUCUCACGGGCUCUGGCUUAUCAAUGCCUCUUAACAAUGCAAUCGCUUCUGUGUCUCAACAACAGUCUGUUCUUCCUGUGCAAAACGCUGCACAUGUCGCUGUUGAAAAUAAGGGAAGCAUCACUGGAGGUCCACAUAAUGUAAAUGGAGUUGCAUCCGACACCUCAUUAAGUUCACUUCCUUGGCCAGUCGUUUCACCAGUCAUGAAUGUACCGCAUUUCGACUUGUCUACUUAUCGUUUCGUUAGCCUUGAUGUUGCACCCAGUCGAGAUGUCAAUGGCUUUGAUUUGCCUCUUGCUGAUGUCACUACUCUUCGAUUUUUCUUCAACCUUGGUGUGCAAUAUUCUCGCUCCUUGGCAGCUACUCAGCUUUAUCAGGAGAAAUUGGCGCAUGUGGCAGUCUCUUCUGCAGCGGCAAAUGUACCAACGCAAGCCAAUCUGUCCCACGUUCUUCAACUCGCCGGAGUUCUCUCUGCGGAAACACAGGUUGGCGUUCCGAGGACAAUGGAUCAAUACCUGAGUCAGCUUGGAAUUGCGGGCUCGCAAGCUCACGCACUGCUUCGACAGGCACAAUCACAUCAUUUGGCGCAACAAGCUCAAUUACUUGCUGCUGCAGCAUCAGUGCGAUUGCCUGAUAGAUCACAUCCCUCUUACAGCAACUCUGUAAUUCCUUUACACGCUGACCUUUUGCAAAUGGCUGCCCAAUGCCCCAUCUCUGCUUCGGCGUCGGUCCAGAGUGGACAGCUAAUUCGGCAGCCUCUGUUCUCCAGUGGAAAUGCUUCAAAUGUUGCUGCAACAUCGUAUUCUGCUGCAUCUUCUAUUAAUCCGCACAAGCAGAUCCCACCCAACACAGCUGCGGCAGAGCAACAAGCUUACUAUCUUCAACAAGCCCUUUCUGCGGUUACCACCGGUCAAAAUGAGAAACCUGAAGUGGAUGUGCACGUGCUGCAACAACAAGGAAGUGUUGGGCUACACCAAUAUGUCUCGCCAACUACUGGCGAGGUUUUGAAACCAGUUGCUGUUGGUGGCGGUAGCCAGGAUGCAGCGUUAUCUCCGCGGCCGCCUCCAGUCGAUCCGAGCCCUCCGAGAGCGCCAGCUGAUGUAGGAACUAACGUUAUUGACUCCAAUCCUUCCACCUUUGUUCAUCAGCAGGCGCAAACUUCUCCGCCUGUGCCUCGUGAUCAAUGUAUUCAAGGACGGACUGCUUCACAAGUGAUUAGUGCAGGCCGCCCUCAAAGUGCUCGUGAAAAUGGGUCAUCCUCAAAUUUUGUAGGAUCGCGAACAACCCCACAGAAUAGCGCUCCCGCAACACCUGCAUUGACAGCGGAUGAUGUAGUUCCUGUGUCGCAGACGUUAUUCCAAGUUUCAGAGCAGCAUUUCACUGAAGCCUUCAAUGCAAGUCGAAAGAAAAGCGUAUCCAAUCCUAUUGGAAUUGCAAAAUGUGACAUUGUUAGCUCGGCGGAGGAGGGAGCCUCCAAAGUAUCUGCUGAGCCCUCGACUAUUACUGCGCCUGUGCAUGGAGGCGACCGGAAAGAUUUAGACGAUAAGCCAGCGCUAGCCCCUAUUUUGAUGAUGACGUACUUGAGCAAUUGUAUGAGUAAUAUCAAGUCUACACUUAAUACAAAUGGCCUUCCAAUAGGGCUAGACGCAAAUGGUCGAGCUGUUGACUAUUCUUCCCGUCCGAUCGAUCCCAUUUUUCAACAAGCUCGCGCUAGAAUGGAAAAUGCUCGAGAGUUCCGAGAGCUUUCCCCUCCAACUACGCUGCCACAGGUUCCACGCAGCUCUUUUGAAGACGGUUCAGGAUUUUCUCCUAUUGGAGUUGCUUUGCCGGCUGUUUCAUCUGCUGUUUCACGUUCGCAGGUAACUAACCCGGUUGGAGUUAACCGUAUUGUCCCAGAUGCGAGUUCACUAGAAAAAAACGAGGAAAAUCAUGACACUGAUCCUCCUGCUGAGAAGCGUACGAAAAUCAUCAGUGAUGGAGAUUAA